AUGUAUAUUUUUACAGACGCAUAUUGCACAAGCAGUUCGGGGUCUUCAAUAAAUUCAGAUUUACCAGAAGGAAGAGAAACUGAAAACAAAAUUCUAGAUGAAGAUCAUCCUAAAAAGAAACACAGACGCAACAGAACAACGUUCACGACUUUCCAGCUCCACGAGUUGGAAAGGGCUUUUGAAAAAUCUCAUUACCCUGAUGUGUACAGCAGAGAAGAACUGGCGAUGAAAGUAAACCUGCCAGAAGUCAGAGUGCAGGUAUGGUUUCAAAACAGACGAGCCAAAUGGAGGCGACAAGAGAAACUGGAAGUGAGCUCAAUGAAGCUGCAAGAUUCCCCUAUGCUGACUUUUAACAGAUCUUCCCAGCAAUUAGCGAUGGGUAACAUCAGCAGCAAUUUGCCACUGGAGCAGUGGCUUACUCCACCGAUGUCUACAGCCACCACACUGCAGAGCUUACCAGGAUUCUUGACAACUCCACAGGGCAUGCCAAGCAGCUACACAUCGCCACCGUUUCUAAACUCGCCAUCCAUGGGGCACAGCCUUCCGCAUAUGGGUGCAAUGGGCCCACCCCCUCCAUACCAGUGUGGUGGACCCACCUUCCUUGACAAGUUCCCUUUGGAAGAAGCUGACCCAAGAAACUCUAGCAUUGCAUCGCUGAGGAUGAAAGCAAAGGAGCACAUUCAGUCCUUUGGGAAAACCUGGUAG